AAUUUUAUUUUAUCAUCAUGAUUAUGAACAGCUUGAUAUUUUUACUUGGUACUUUUGUAUUGACAAAUGGUCUUCCAACAUCAAAAAUAGUUGGUGGACACGAUGCUCCUGAUGGAAAAUAUCCAUAUCUAUAUUCACUACAAUUUGGCGGAGAACAUAUAUGCAGUGGUGUUAUUUUUGAUGACCGUCAUGUUAUAACAACAACAUCAUGCGCGAAUAUUGAUGUUCAUGCAACUCAAUUGAAAAUAGUUGUUGGAUCAAAUUCAUUAAAAGAUGGACAAAGAUAUGAUACACGUGAUUCAGCAAUUCAUGCUGAUUAUGAUGACGAUUAUAAACAAUCUGACAUUGCAAUAUUAAAAACAACAAAACGUAUUGAAUUUAAUAAUAAAGUUCAACCAAUUAAUCUAACAACAAGUGAUGUUUAUGAUAAAAAUGAUUAUCCAGCAACAGUUGCUGGUUGGGGAUACAUUUCAGAAAAUGGACCAACAGCUGAAAAACUUCAAGAAAUUGAUGUUAAAAUAUUAGAUCGUGAAAUUUGUGAAGAUACUUUUUCGGUAACAUCACAACAAAUUUGUACACUUGAAAAGGGAGAUGUCGGUCCUUGUUAUUUUGAUGGAGGCAGCCCACUAACAGCUGAUGGUGUUUUUAUUGGAUUAUUAUCCUAUGGAAGAGCUUGCACUGGUGGAUCACCAAUGGUUUACACUAUUAUUCAUAAACACAUUGACUGGAUCAAUGCAGCAAUUAAAGCUUUAGCAUCAAAAUAAAUUAUCAAAUUAAUAAAUUGAUUUAUUAAUAAUAAUAAUAAUUUAAAAUAAAAUUUGACAAUAAUUAUAUAAUUUAGUAAAGAUAAAAAUAGUGCGAUAACAAAAGAAGUUACCGAGACAAGUCGAUAGCUGUAUAUUAUUAAUUUUGAAGAUUAAAAAUAUAUUUCAUUCAUGUAUGUCUGUCUUUAUUCUGACACAAAUUAUAUAUUUAAUUUGUUUUAUUUAUACUCCAUAGCAACUAUAUACUUCAAUUAAAAAAAGAAAAAUAUUGUACUAUUAUAAAAUUGAUUAAUAAAUGAUAAAAAAGAAAAGAAAAAAAAUCUUAAAUAAAUUAUAUAAUUUUGUCAUAAUGUACACCGGAAGUCGAGUCAAUGACUCUUAUAUUAAUUAACACGAAAAUACUGAUGUACAGUAUAUUUUUAAAAUACAAUUAAAUAUUUAUUUUUUAGUUAUAAAAAUUAUUGGAUUAAUUAUUCGAUUGACGAUUAAGAAUAGUUAAAUAAAGAAAUUUAUUUUUUGGU